AUGCCACCAGUCACCAACGAUAUGGCCGGGUCAUUUGAUUUGAGCUCUGAAGAUGUGAGCAUUCUUGCAAAGCAUUCUAUCACCCGCAUGAAUGAGCUGCUGGCAUGCCAUGGUGCUACACAAAUACCAUCAUUUGUCACCAAGCUUCCAACCGGCUCCGAGGUUGGACAGUUUCUUGCUGUUGACCUCGGCGGGACGAAUUGCAGAAUCUGCCUGGUCGAUCUUCAAGGGAAUUCAACAUACAAGAUACUGCAGUCAAAACAUAUCGUACCACGGGAGCAUAUGGUCAACUCCAGUCACAAACCACUUUUCGACUUUAUUGCAUCGAGAAUUAAGCAAUUCCUUGAUACCAACUCAACAUCUGGCCAUGGCACUGGUGAAAAGGGGGAACGAAGCAGUCCCUUGAAUGAGAAGGCUCUCAAGUUGGCGUUCACUUUUAGCUUCACUUACGAAACCAUUUCCCUCACAGAGGGAAGAAUGCUUCAGUGGGACAAGGGCUGGGAUAUUCCCGACGCAAUCGGCCAAGAUCCCUGUGGUAUGCUGCAAAAAGCCAUCGACAGGCUUGGGCUGCGUGUUACUGCCGUCGCACUUACAAGUGACAGUGUCAGUACUCUGGCAGCAGAGGCAUAUGCUUGCGGAGGAAGUGUGUCGCCUCUUGCCGGAAUAAUAUUCGGAACAGGGACAAAUGCUGCAUAUACUGAAAAGUUAGAAAACAUUACCAAGUUGCGCGGUGCUCACCAAGGUCGGGGAAACGACAAAGAUGUGAUGGUCAUAAAUUCGGAAUGGGGAGGUUGGUACGACGAACACCCGGAAAUGUUGCCGUGCACAAUACAUGAUAAGACUCUAGACGAAACAUCCACCAAUCCCAAUGAACAACUCUUCGAAAAGAGAGUUUCCGGAAUGUACCUGGCAGAACUCACAAGGUUGGCUAUAUUGAAGGCCUCGGAAGAUGGAGCUCUCACAUGCACGUUCGAAGGCUCCUCGACAUUACACAAACCGUAUGCUUUAAGCGGACCUUUUCUUUCUUCGCUUGCAAAUGAUUGCAGUGAUAGCCUACAAGCCUCCAUUGUAUGCAUUGAGCAAACGCUAGACGCGGAAGGCGUGAGCCAAGCUGAUGCCCACAUGGUUCGUUCUUUGACGAAGGCCAUAGUACGACGCGCCGCUCGCCUGUCUGGGGCUGCCAUUGCUGCGCUCAUUAUCCAGUCAGGCAGACUGCGUAACAUCACAAAACCGUCGGAUAUCUUGUUCAGGGCCAAUGAAUUAGGACACAAGCGAAGCAGAGGCUUCAUAUCAUCACUGAUGUCUUAUGCCAAGAUUCUACUAUGUUGGCCAAGAGACGUAGAAGAAGUGUUUUCUUAUUCCUCAUCGAAUAGGACUGACUCACUUGUUCCCGAGAAUGAGAUGAUUGUCAUCGGCGUCGAUGGGUCCCUGUUCGAGUUUUAUCCGACUUUUGAAGCAGAAAUCCGAGAAGCACUACGAGAUGUACCAGAUAUUGGUCUGGCUGGCGAAGCAAGGGUUCGAUUUCGUUUGACAAGAGAUGGAUCUAGUUUGGGCGCUGCGCUGGUGGCUCAUGCAGGAUUGUAA